CCAUUCCCAAAGGGGAGGGAAAAGAGUCGUCAAAGGGGCGGGCUGCGCGCGUCAGCCUAUGGCGAAUGGAGAAGGAGAAGGAGGAGGAAGGGGAAGAAGGAGAAAAAGAAGAACAGAAAGGCGAAAGCCGAAAGCGCCCGAGCCUCUGUCGGUGAGAUGAGGUUUUCCAUUUGAGUCUCCGCCCCACAUUUAUGGCGAUUCUGAGAGUCCGGGCCGACUUCUGCCGGGCCCAGCACCGCUCCCUGGCCGGGAAGUAAGCCAGGGGCUGGGGUCUUUCGUGCCAUAAGCGAACUUUGCCUUGAAGAAGACUUUCUGACAUCGAGACACACGCCUCAAAUAUAUGGGGUUAUCUCCCGCACAUUGGAAACCUCUUCCUCUUAGUGACGCUAGAGAAGCCAAGCCUGGCUGAACCCAAGGGGAGAGAGAAGAUCUGCCCUUACAUUUUCUUUGUGCCUCACCAGUGCCUAAAUGUAGAAAAGGCCGCCUCCUGCGUUUGUUUGCAUGUAGUAGGAACCUGAAGGGGAGUAUUACCUACAGCCGCCAAGGCUGAAGUCGAAUCCCAGCGGAUGCUCAAGGAAAACCAGCUUUUCUGGAUGUGAAGAAUCAACCUGAAGGACAAACCCAACGAGGAAAAGCUCUGAACGAUCCCUGGACACUUCAGUGGUCUUUUUUUUUAAUGUUUUCUGCUGUGAAACGUUGCAAGAUUUGAUUUCCCCUCCUGACACAUUCCCUCCCCCCUCGCCACUAUGAACCGUCCCGCUCCGGUGGAGAUCACCUACGAGAGUAUGCGCUUCCUGAUCACCCACAACCCAACCAAUGCCACCCUCACCAAGUUCACGGAGGAGCUGAAGAAGUACGGAGUAACCACCUUGGUGCGAGUCUGUGAUGCUACCUAUGACAAAGCGCCUGUUGAAAAAGAAGGAAUCCAAGUUCUUGACUGGCCAUUUGACGAUGGAGCCCCGCCACCAAGUGAAAUCGUGGAUGACUGGCUCAAUCUGUUGAAAACCAAAUUCCGUGAAGAACCUGGCUGCUGCGUCGCUGUACACUGUGUGGCCGGGCUGGGAAGAGCCCCAGUUCUGGUUGCCCUCGCACUCAUUGAAUGUGGAAUGAAGUAUGAGGAUGCUGUGCAGUUCAUAAGACAGAAAAGGAGGGGAGCGUUCAACUCCAAACAGCUGCUUUACCUGGAGAAAUACCGGCCGAAGAUGCGGCUACGCUUCCGGGACGCCAACGGCCACUGCAUCGUGCAGUAAAGCGGGAGCCCCCUCUUCGUGGAGGUCUUUCUGGACUUGUGAAAUCUGGAAACGUAAUUCUGGAAGGGGAUGGCCUCCUUUCCCAUAGUGGAGUUGCUGCUCCUCAGCCUUGGUCCUAAAUGAUGAUGAUUGUGAUAAAUAAUAAUAAUAAUAAAAUUACAACAUUUCAGUGAA